AUGCGCGCAAAUACAUCGAACUCUCACUUUGUCCGCGCGUGGAUGACCCUCGGCCGUGCUGUUACACUUGCACAAAUCCUCAACCUGCAUCGCAUAGAUAGCGGUGAUACGGCUCGACAGCAGCGCACAGGGUCUCAACAGGAUGCCACCGAAACAGGAUUAGCCUGCGAUACGCUCGAUCCGGCCUCGCUGGAGGAGACUCGUCGUUCUUUCUGGUCUUUAUAUAUAUUCGAAAGCUACGGGAGCGUCCGCAUUGGUCGGCCUUGCACUCUAGAAGAGGACAACCUGUGUAUCUUUCUCCCGUCGCCCGGUGAGCUUAGCGAGACAUUUCUGCCUAGCCCAAUGCCCUUUAUCAGCGACUCUACAAAACUCACCGGAGUUGGCUACCUGACCUCCUAUGCUGCGGUGACCAUCAUGGUGAAGCUGGCCCGCCUCUGCUUUGAGCACGUCAGUAUCCUCUCUCGCAGUGCUAGCGACUCUGGGUUUUGGGACCGACAUUACCGUCUAGUUAAGACAAUCAAUGACUACACCGCCAUUUUCCAACGAUACCUGACUGCUAAAGCCGUCCGUGAAGAUCCGCUGGCGUUUUCACUACACCUCAACCUAUGCGCAACACACAUUAACCUCCACGAGGCAGCGAUACGUAAAGUUGAAGAGCAAGAUCUACCCAAGCUUGUUGCAGCUGAAAGUCGCAAGUGUAGUACUGCCGCGGCAUUCAAGAUUCUCGGAGCUAUUCGCAUGAAUUGGCCUGUUCAGCGGUCGGAGCGUGAUCACUUCACCCUUCAGGCGACGUUUAUUGGCUGGCCCAUUUCUAUGAGCCUAAUUGCCCUGAGUCGCAGUUUAGCCAAUGGUGACACGACUCCCAUCGGCAUCGUGGACUCUCUGCGCUUGUUAUGCGCCGCUCUGGACCAUGUUGAGGAAGCUGAUGGGUAUUGGCACCAAGCAAGCAGGGCUGCGGUGGCUGCCUUGGCAAAAUGGGAUGAGCAACAACACGAGUCCCGCCCCGGGGAAUGA